GGGAGAGCGGCGCCCCCGGAACGGGAAGUCGGAGGGGAGCUGCUUCCCAUCCCAUCCCCUGCCGUCCUCCCGCGGAGCGCACGAGGGGUUCCCGCGUGGGCCUGCGCUUCUCCCGACAUGAGCCUGCCCCUGAACCCCAAGCCGUUCCUGAACGGGCUGACGGGGAAGCCGGUGAUGGUGAAGCUGAAGUGGGGAAUGGAGUACAAGGGCUACCUCGUCUCCGUGGACGGCUACAUGAACAUGCAGCUCGCAAACACAGAGGAAUACAUAGACGGUGCGUUGUCUGGACACCUGGGUGAAGUUUUGAUAAGGUGCAAUAAUGUUUUGUACAUCAGAGGUGUGGAAGAAGAGGAAGAAGAUGGAGAAAUGAGAGAAUAGAUGUUUUGUAUUUCUGGAAAUAAACUUUUUUUUUCUUUCUGUUUUUCAUA